AUGCAUCAAUUUCUUGUUAAGAAGCCACCCAAUUUUGCUAUUGAAGAUGCAGCCAAUUCCAAUCAAGAGCAAAGUCCCAACGAAGAAUUGAAUGAUGUUGAAGUUGAUGUAGAUCAAGUUAUGGAGGAAGUAGCAGAAGACGAUGUAGAACAUGCUGCGGAGGAAGUGGCGGAAGAACCGGUUGAAGAACCUGUGGAGGAAGUAGCAAAAGAACUAGUUGAAGAGCCUGUGGAGGAACCAGUUGAAAUUGAAGAUGUUGAUUUAGUAAGUUCAGUUCCUUUCAACAUCUCUGAUCCUAGAAAUUGGGAUAAUCUUGAUUCUAAAUGGAAAGAUUUGCUAGUAGAGAAAUGUCCUGUUAGAGAUCUUUUGUUUGGAAAAUGGCCUAAAGAUAAAUGGAAUAGGCGUUUCUCUUCUAAAUUUUACAAUCGAUCUUUACCAAAUGGAGAGACGCAUCAUCGAGAUUGGUUGGUAUAUUGUAAAGAUCUUGAUAGAGACGCAUCAUCAAGAUUGUUUAUGUUGCAAAUUGUUCAAAACAAGACAUCAACCAAGUUGAGAAAGGGUGAAACAAUUGACAAAGGUGUGGAAGAGAAAAUCAAGAAACAAAAAGAGCAUUGGAGGAAAGUGUUGCAAAGAUUAUUCUCAAUUGUGAAAUACUUGGCUAGGCAGAUUUUUGCGUUUUGGGGAACUAAUGAGAAGAUGUAUGAAAUGAGCAAUAGGAAUUUUAUGGCAACAUUAGAGAUGAUUGCAGAAUGGAGAAAAGCAUGGAAUUCCCACCAAGAGCAGAUGACGCUAAUUCUGAGAAGUGUGGAUGUCACUAAACUUCCGGUAAAAGUGGAGGAGUACUUUGUGGAAUUCCUAACUGUGAAUGAUACAACUGGUCAAAGGCUUUUUGAGGAGCUGCAUUAUGUAUUAAAAUGUCUUGAUCUUGAUAUUGAUAUUGUUAGAGACCAAGGAUAUGACAAUGGGUCAGUUAUGAAAGGGAAGCACUAA